CUCAGGUAUCACCAUCAUCACCAAUCCAGCCACUUUACUGCCAACCACCCGUGAAUAAGUAGGGCUCCCCUUGUGGUAGAGCAUUGCUACUAUCUAUUCACUUAACAAUGGCUUCUCAUUUUCAAAUUCAGAAACCAUAUGUGUUAACCACGUUACCUCGACCUCUUGAUCCUGCGACUGGUCGCUAUGUUGUUAGUGAAGUUUACGGGUCUGCGCCUGGGUCGAGGAAGAGAAAGCGCCAUGAAUUAGCAGUAGGAAUUGAUGGAGAAGCUGUAAAUAUUUAUAAUGUUUCUUCCACCAGACUCAUAACUUCAUACCCCGUUCCGCCGCAAUCCUCCUUCUCAUGCCCUAUAUUCUCGAUUCGGCGCAAGGCGAAAGAAACCCAAGAGACCUCGAGACACACCUACGCGGCGACGAAGGAAUCCAAUGAAUAUAAAAUUACCCUAUUCAAAGACUAUGUGGAUGAUUCUGGCAACACGCAAUCUACCACCAAGUCAAUAUCCUUAGGGUUAGGUCAGUCGGUUGUAUGCGCUACUCUAAUCACCGCGCCUGCUGGUCAAAGCCUAUCCAAUGGCCAAACAUCGAUCGAAGAGCUUCUCGUUGUGCGCGAGAACGGUGACAUUAUUUGUCUCGAUGCCGAGAAUUUGAAGAGAAAAUGGACAUCGUCUUCUGCAGGCUUGCGACAGGAUCUCCCUGGAGCUGCUAAAGCCAGUUUCAGAAUCGACUUCUGUUAUCCUGUACUAUUGUCGGAUGUUGUUCAGGGCAUUUUCAAAGGCAGCGAUGAUUCUUUGGGGCUUUUCCCCGAAAUCAAGCAAAAUGUGAAUACUGAUGCCGAGGCUCUGGUGCUCAUUUCAAGUUAUAGUGCCGAUGGAAGCCAGAAUCGACAUCUUCAUAUUGUAGCAUCGCUACCACAAUCACCCAGUUUGUCGAGCACUCACCGGCAAAGCAUCGUCCAGCUUCACUCUGUACCGAUUCCAUCGUCUGGGGAAGCAAAUCACAAUGCCACAGCUUCUUAUCGUCUUGAUGUUAGAAGUGGAAGUUUACUGGAGCUACGAGGCCAGCUAUUCAAUAUAUAUGACCUAACUACGAGCCUCCCAAAAAUCACAUCUUCGAUGGAGCUAGAUGGAACAACGUCUUUCCUACGUCUCAGCAAAACAUCACUUCUAUGUUCUACGUCUACUCAUCUCAACAUUUACAAUCCAAUCUAUCGAUCGCUUCAGAACUCCGUACCUGUCGAGCUCGAUGGCCAAGCUGACUCUAACACUGGAGCCAACGCAACAAAUUGCCUUCUUGCCGCUUAUUUUUCCCGCUUAGAAGUCGCUGUUGCGAUUGUCGAUGCGAACCUAGUUGCUAUCCAACUCGAAGCUCCCAUCCUGCGGACCAAAAAGCGACGCGCCGAGGGCCUCCUAAUUGACUCCAUUGGACGUGGUGUACAACCUGCCAAAAGAGUCUCAGCUCCAAGUUCCAACAAAGACCCAGAAAGCUCCGUAUUUUCCAAUUAUCUUCCAGGCUCCAUCCGAGGCGAUUAUUGGCAAUCAUGGACUGCAGACGAAGCCAAAGCCAAUGCUCUUCUCGAUGCAAAUGAUAUGCACGGAUUGGAGACGCUGCUGGCUCAGAAGUUCGGCAUCCAGGUUCAAGUUACUGCUCAGGCAACUAACGGUGCAGAUGGCGAAGAACCAGAUCCGCCCAAAGUCAAUUCUACCUGGAAGUGGCCAAAAUCUAGAGCAGGGUACCCUCCAGCCGACAGAAGGUGGAUUCUAUACUCUAUUGGUCGAGCCUUUCAAUGGAACAAUGUGUUCCCAGAUGAUCCUACCAUACCUCGACUUAUUUGCCAACUGCCGCAGAGCGAUAUUGUUAACUAUCUGGUCGACGCUGGUCACUUGACUCUGUCUAACGUGAAAUCUGCUUUCCGAGGGCAACUAAAAGAGACUGAAAAGACGGAAUCAUUUCUUUCGGAACAAAUUGUACUUCAACUUGCUGAUAUCGAUCCUUCUCUGGAACUUCUUGUUGCUUAUAUUUCUGCGACCAACCUUGGAACGAUAGAACUGCUCAUUGCCGUGAGGACUAUUAUGAGAAGUCUAGAAUUGGUUCAGGAUCCCAAAAAACCACCUCCCAAAUUAUUAACCAAUGGCUCCACUGAAGAAUUGGCUGUUGAUGGAGAAGCAGAAGCUGAAUUGCAAAACAUCGGUAUGGAACUAGAUGACCUCGAAGAUGAGAUUCAAAAGACCGUGUCUUAUUUAAAUGAAGACGCGGGUAUUCGCGGGAGUGGAUUGAGUGUGGCUUUUGCCAAACUCGGCAAUUGCCCUAGCAUUUCAAUGAUUAAAUCACUACGAGCUACGUUUAAGCCAGAAGAGAUUUUGUCGCUAAUCUACCUUCUUCGCGUCGAGCUAGUCAGGGGAGCAUGGACGUCCCGCUACCUAGAUCUAACCGAUUUCGAGAAAGAUUCCGCGCUCGAUGCCCCUCCUGAUGGCAUCAUCAAGCUUCUUGCAGAUCUACUAGGACGCUGCGUGGACUCUAUUGGUCCCGGCGGCUGGCUUCUUAAUGAUGCCGUACUAGCUGGUGAUGAGACAGGAGAUUUCGUCGCUUCGCUUAAGCUGGAAGUCAGUGCAGCUUUGGAAGGGUUGGAAGACGCCGUUUAUCUUCGUAACAUUGUCGGCGAGGCAGUGAAAUACUGCGAGUCGUUCAAAAAGAAUACGGCCGAAAGUAUGGUGGACAAGAUGAAGCCCAUCCCAUUGCAAGUGAAGGAGCCUGGUGCUCAGGCAUUACCUCUUGGACUCAAGGCGAAGGAUCACAUAUCGGCUCAAAAAAUAGUGUCGGGUGGUGAGAUCGUGGACAGAUCACAGAGAGAAACUGGUCACCUUAAAAGCCAGCAGAUAGGCCACUAUUCAUUAGAGAGGAUCGCGAUAUAAGACGUCUCCAAAGAGCCGCUAUUAGAAGCCUAGCAAAUUUAUGUAAUUACAGUCGAUACAUCGUGAGUCGAGAAAGAAGGACAAUUUUGGAAUUCGCCUGUUGCCUUUCGUCGCAUAUCAGAGGCAUUGGCAAGUUUAGGACUAAUUGGUUUCAUCAUCACUUAUUUCCGGCACGUAACUUAUCACUUAGACCAUACAGCCACCAAUGUCAUGAAACCAAUCUAGCGAGUUACGUGCGAUGCGCUGAGACUCAAUAAUACACCGAGCUCAGGUUCUCAACGAUAAUUGCAACUAGAUGCGGGCGUAUGUCUGCAUCCGUUGUUGAGAGUUAGGUCAUGUU